AUAAGAGCAGCUUCACACAGAGCGGUCUGCUUGUCAGAGCCUCAGACACAGAAAGAGAGAGAGAGGGAGAGACAACAGAGGAACUCCAGCUCCCAUCCACCUUCUGCUGAAUGUCUGAUCUAAAACAAAAGCUGCUGCUGUGGAGACGCCGCUGAGCCAGAGUAGGCGAGGAGGAUUCCCCUGUCACACACAGACCUGUGAGCAGUCUGAAUCCACCAUGGACCACCAGCAGCAGCACGCCAAAGUGGAGCGCUUUCUCAAGCUGGGGUACUCACACAGCGACAUCCUGAGGGUGCUGGAGAACCUCCACCAUGAUGCCCAGACCAACGACAUCCUAGAGGAGCUCAUAAAGACCUGCCACACUCACAAAGUCAACAACAAGACGGCUCCAGACAGUCCCAAACUGGUGCCCCGAGGCUGCAGCCCCACCAGUCAGCCCAGACCUCGGCCCGACAGAGAGUCAGCUGCUGCUUUCAGACCUGUGGUCAUAGACGGGAGCAACGUGGCCAUGAGCCAUGGUGACAAGAAGGUGUUUUCAUGCCAGGGCCUGCAGCUGGCAGUGAACUGGUUCUGGAACAAAGGGCUGCGGGACAUCACCGUCUUCGUCCCUCUGUGGAGGAAGGAGCAGCCGCGACCUGAGGCUCCCAUCACAGAUCAGCAUAUCCUACACGAGCUGGAGAGGAGGAAGAUACUGGUGUACACGCCGUCCCGCUGCGUAAAUGGGAAGAGGGUGGUGUGCUACGAUGACCGCUACAUCGUCAAACUGGCCGUGGACUCAGACGGGAUCAUCGUGUCCAAUGACAACUACCGCGACCUUCAGAUGGAGAGCCCCCAGUGGAAGAAGUUCAUCGAGGAGAGGCUGCUCAUGUACACCUUCGCUAACGACAAGUUCAUGCCUCCAGAUGAUCCUCUGGGCAGAAGCGGGCCAACCAUUGAUGAUUUUCUGAGGAAGAAGCCGUGGACACCAGAGAACAAGCUGCAGCACUGUCCCUACGGAAAGAAGUGUACUUAUGGAGUCAAGUGCAAGUUCUACCAUCCAGAACGCACCAACCAAUCACAGCUGUCCGUGGCUGAUGAACUGAGAGCGCAACGAGACCGAGCCAAGAACCUGUCCCCCAAACCGAGCCUGCAGGAUCCUCUCUGCUGUCCUGACAUUCAUCAGUCUGAGCACAGGUUCUCCUCCUGCACUCCUCCACCUCUGGGCUCAGAGGAACAUCUCCACCGAGCUUCACCCAGCGCUUCACCAUACAUCUACGUGAGAGACUCCAGCAGCCCCAGGGCUCACUCCAACACCAGCCUCCACCACAGCCUGGCUCCGGAGGUGGAUGAGGCGUUUGGCUCCAUGGAGAGCUCCAUGUCCAGGCUCUACAUCCAGGAUGUGCCCUACAGCCUGGAGUGUCCUCCUUACAGCUACAGCAGCGGCGUGGGCAGCUACAGCCUGGGCCAUGACGACUACUCCCUCCCAGGGUCGCUCGGCGGGAUAACUCAGAGGCUCUGCACGGAACACGCAGGAGGAGGUUACUACCCUCAUCAGAACGGCUCAUCAUGCUGCAACCAGUGCAGCUGUGGACACCAGCAGAGCAGACUGUCCCCACCCCACCACCCAGCAUGGGGGUCCUGCCCUGCUCUGCCUCCACAUAGUAACGGGCAGCACUCAGGCCAUUUCUCAGAGAAGCGGUACCUCAGAGUGCCCUCAAACAGACAGAGCCACAGCUUACCCAGAGACCCAUGGGUGCAGGACGGCCUCUGCGACAGCAGCAGGGCCAAGAGCCAGUCUAGUGACCUGAGGAAGGGUCUGAGGAGCCAGCUGAGCACCCUGUUCCCUCAGCAGAUGGUUGAGCAAGUCAUGAAUGCUUACCCUCAUGUUUCAGACACGUCUGAACUGAUUUCCCUGAUCCAGAGCCACAGGACGAGCCAAAUCUCCUUCUAGACCACAAAGACUCACUUUCUGAGCCAAGCUGAGCCUGAAUCGCAGUUCUCAUCCAAAACAACAGGAAAACUUAUUACUAUUAAUUUCUAUGACUAUGAAUCAGACUGUGGGAAAACUAACAGUACGUUUACAUGCAGUCAGAAUAAGAGGGUGAAUUUGUUACUUUGACUGGAACUGGACUUUAAAACAUUUCAGUCUAAAUUAGAAUUCUUAAAGUUGGACUAACACACCUAGAUACUGCAGCAUUUGAUUCACUACAGAGCCAUGCCUCCCUCUCUAGUUAAUCUGAGUCGUUCCACUGCACAGGCUCUGGUCCAUCUCCUGCAUGGCCUAGAGGCGCCACUCCACUCCAGAUAGGGUAGGGAUGGCCACUGCAAAAAACUGCAGGAAAAACGUGCAAAGAAUAACAUCAUAAAUCAUCACUUUAUCAUCAUUACGUCUCAUCCUGUGGCACAAGCUACAGGUCAUGAGUAGGUCAGAGGGUCAUAGGGCUACCAAAGCACCGCUGAUGAAGCAAAAAAAUCAACUUUUAAGGUGGAAAACCAAAGAAUCUGCAUGAAACCACACAUCCUUUGUAGGAAACAUAAAUCUUCAAACUUGUUAACGUACUCACCCAUGGCAAAAGCAACGACAAAAUCAUGGAAUCAUGUCAAAAUGAAUGAAAGAGUAACCCAAAAAAGGCAAAAUAAUCUGUUGUUUACAUGCUUCUUCUGCGUGAAAUCAUAGUUCUUUCUCAGUUUCCAGCUCUCUAGAAAGUGUAAUACAGCUGUAGAAAACAGUAGUUCACCCUCUCUGUUGCUAUGUGCUUUAGAUAGUUCUAUUUUAACUUCUGUUUUGAAAGGAAAGAAACUUGUGUAAGUGGGUGCACUAACUAGUUAUAUUUUUGCAGAGCCAAACAGACAUCAAAACUGUGAUAACCUGAUUCAAAAUGACUGCCUUUAGCUAAGAUUACAGCAGAAAAACACUGACUGACAGCUAACAGUGAUCCUCAUUCUAAUGUGAACCAGCUAAUAUUAGCUAAUUUGCCCUCAACUAUGCAUUAACAUCUUUCACUUCUCAAACAGCAGCAUCAUUAACACCAGCACGUCCAUACUAAUCUAAGGAGAUGGAUUCUCCUCUACUGUAGUUUUGCUGGUAUGUAAACAUCACUGAAGCUAAGGUUUUUUCUGGUUUUAGUGAUGCAGAUAAAAGUUGUUCUGCUGUUUAAGAGGCUCAAAUUUAAAAAAAGUUUGUCUGUUUUUCUGCAGCUGUCAGGUGAUUUAAACAUGCAUUGUCUUAAAGAGAGAGAGGAUAGAAUUCCAGGUGCUGCAGCUCCUCAUAGUGGUCAAAGGUUGCUGUCACUGUUCUAAGUUCUUUUUGCCCUCCAGGCCUCCAUGCCAGUCAUGUGGCUGAAAGCAAUAAAUACACCUCAGUCAGACCCAAGCUGGACUUAGCGUUCUGCUCAUGCUUUGCAGCUUUGAUGCUGGGCAUCAAGCAUGCAGUGCAUAGCAGAGACUGCAGCCUGCCCUUAGAUAUGACUGUAAGCUAGAGUGGCAGUAUGCAUCGUAUUAAAAGCUCCAUAAUCAAAGCUUAAGAGUAUGUAUGCAAGCUAUGUGCUUUUAACAGAAGGGUGCAUAUCACCUCCUAGCCUAGAAGAGUCAAACUUCCAUUAACAAACCAGUUCUGCUUGUAUACUGGACCAAAGUCAGUAGUUCUCAUUGAAGUAUACCUGCAUUUCCACUUCACCCUGCAUGUAAACGUACUGAGAAAGCUGAGCACCUUCUAAAAGUCCACUUCUUCUCAAAGCAUUAAGAGGCGUAUUCUAGACAUGCUGACCAUGUAGCAGACUGAAUGUUGAUCGUGUAUAAAAGUGCAAUGCAUUACUCGACAAACUUGCUACUUACUGUAGCACAGACGGUUUAAAUAAAGCAGCAUGUGUUGUUUUCUGGUAUUAUUGCCUCAAAGUGAGGAACACUAUGACAUUAGUCUGUACUUCUGUAAAGAAUUUUUUUUUACUUGUUUUUCUGAGACAUUUAUGAGGCUUAUUUUUCUGCUGAGCCUGUCAAAAUAAAAGCAUUUAAAACCUGAA